AUGGCGACUCGACUCUAUCCUCUUGCCUCUAUCUCUCAGUUCGAGAGAACUCCCUCUCUGGAGGAUGGCAUUCCCGCCGAUUUGGAAGAGGAUCUCAGGAGCUACGGCUGUAAACUUAUUCACCAAGCCGGCAUCCUGUUGAAACAAAAACAAGUUGCUAUUGCGACUGCACAGAUACUCUUCCAGAGGUUCUACUACGUCAGCUCCAUGAAACAGUUUGGUAUUGGUGAUGUCGGCAUGGGUGCACUGUACCUUGCAUCCAAAUUAGAGGAAUGUCCGCUACGUAUGCGUGAUCUCAUCAACGUCUACGACCUUCUUCUGCAGCGAGCGGCGCAUACUGUGGCCUCCACGUCGUCCUCUCACCCUCCUCCCGAUUUCAAAUAUGCUCCUAUGUCUUACUUUGGCAACACUUUCUACGACCUUAAAGACGCGCUCGUCGUCUCUGAGAUGCAGAUUCUCAAGCGACUGGGCUUCAAUGUGCACGUCGUGCUGCCGUACGGGACUCUCGUCAACUACAUGAGACUUCUCGGGCUCACAGGUCGCGAGGACGCGGUAUCUAAAGCAUGGGGAUAUCUCAACGAUGCGCUGCAAACGCCUGUGUAUGCUCUCUUUGCGGUUCCAACAAUCGUGAGCGCGGCAAUCUUGCUCACUGUCCGACAUCUUGGUAUCUCUCUCCCUUCCACGCCUGAAAACAGUUGGUGGGAACUGUUUGAUGCCGAAUGGGACGAUGUGUGGAAUGUUUGUGGCUACAUCAUGCGGUUAUAUCGCGAUCGUAGUCUGGAGGAUAGAGUGCGAGUCAUCGGUUUGAUUGGGAAGAAGGAGGUACGUAGAUGGUUGAACGAACGUGUAAUAGUCACCACAGAAUCUAUGUAA